AUGGCCCUCGAUGCAGAAGCGACCUCGCAUCUCCGCGGGAUUGUAGACAAGGCCUGCGAGAACCAAGAAACUGGUAUUCCUGGGGCCACAGUCGUGGUCGUUGGUAAAGAUGGGAAGGAGUUGUUCGCCCACUCUGCCGGUAAACGUGGCUCGGGGUCCAAAGAACCCAUGACCCUAGACCACAUCUUCUGGAUUGCAUCUUGCACAAAGAUGAUAGUGGGGAUCGCCUGCAUGCAGUUGGUGGAGCAGGGAAUUUUCAAGCUGGACGACGGGACCCAGAUAGAAACUCUUUGUCCUGAACUGAAAAGCCUCAAGGUCUUACGUCCAGAUGGGAGUCUUGAAGAGAAGAAAAAAGAGAUUACACUGCGCAUGCUGCUGACCCAUACGUCCGGAUUUGGAUACUCCAUGUUCAGUGAAAGAUUGAAAGAAUGGUCGUUGCCAGUCGGCCUGGAUGAAUUUUCCGGACGGAUCGAAGAUGUGACGCAACCUUUGCUUUUCCAGCCAGGCGAAGGCUGGGAAUACGGACUUGGUCUUGACUGGGCGGGGAUCGCACUCGAGCGUGUAACAGGGUUGAGGCUCGACACCUACCUCCAGAAACACGUUUUUCAGCCGAUUGGUAUCCACGACAUGUCGAUGAUCCCGAGUCUCGACAUGCGUGGGAGGCUAGCAUAUAUGAAUGCCAAAAAUUCCGACGGCACACUGAGGGCCAGAGACCAUCCUCUCCGAGCCCCACUGGUUGUUGAUCCGGACAAUGAAGCCGAAGUCGCCCGGAUCUUAAACAGCGGUGGCGCGGGCUUGUUCGCUAAGCCGCAGGAAUACUGCAAGGUUCUAGCGGUCCUGCUGAACGAUGGAACGUGCCCAACCACAGGCAGCAAAUUGCUGCGCAAGGAAACUGUCGACGAGAUGUUUUCCAACCAAAUCCCACAGUUCCCCAAUUACAGCCGCCAGGGCAUACCUACUGGCAAACCAGACCUGACCAAUGCAAUUUCAGAGUUGUACCCAGUACCUGGAAAUCCGCCACAAGGCUGGGGUCUCACGUUCAUGCUGGCCAAUGGCAGCGGGACAGGACGGUCGAGUGGAACAGGGCACUGGGCUGGACUGCCGAAUCUGUGGUGGUGGGCAGAUCGGGAGAAGGGCGUUGCAGGAAUUGUCUGUACGCAAAUUCUGCCCUUUUUGAAUGCUGAGGUUCUUGGUCUAUGGGUAGCCGUUGAGAUGGAGGUUUAUAAAGCUCUUGGCCAGUGA